UGUUAGAUAACGCACGACGGAUUUCGAUAUAGUGCUGAUAGAUGCAGUAGUUAAAUUGAGAGAAAAAAAUGUGUUGUUGCCCCAGAAACAUGCUUGAUAAUUCCAGAUAGGAAAACUAUCUGUAAAAAAAUGAAGGAAUCUUGUGGUUUUUUUUAAAAAUGGAAUUAAAUUAAAAUGCUAACCGGGGAAUAAUACAAAUGUUUGUGAGAAUCAAAGAUGGAAAUCCUUUAUUUGUUCUUCUUUGUCUAUGUUCCUUUGUUAAUUCAAUGCAAGGAAGAGGAUCCCUGUUCUUACACGGUGUACCGUAACCUUACUGACUUGCCAAAAAGAAAUCCAUCGUUCUUUAUGGAUUAUUUACCUAUCUGUGACAUUAAAAUCACAAAAGGAUGGUACAGAGCAGAAUAUUAUAAAAUGUCAACUUCCCCACCUUCCCUUGGAUAUUGUGGGACUCUUUAUCCUUUCUGGUUCAGUGGUUCACAUCCACCCACUGCUUCAGUAAAUGACGCUACAGCAUGUUUAAAGGGGUUUAUUGAAAAUUGCACACAGAAGAUUGACAUUAAAGUAAAAAACUGCACAACAUACAUGGUUUAUCAUCUGAAACCUGUUUUUUAUUGUAACUCGGGAUAUUGUUUUGAAUUGAGUGAUAACUGUGUAAAAGGAGUUCCAUCAAAUCUCAGUGUUUCCUACCACAAUGUUUCUUGGGUAUCAAAAGUUUUUGGAACAUCUACAUUACAUUCCCCUAGUGUAAUGUUCAAAUGUAGCUUUACACCAUUACCUGACACUUCAUUAUUUUACGAAAUCUCGUGGUAUGUGGACGAUAUCGAAGUUGUGAGGAGUGAAACGCUGUCAUAUAACUCACUGGAAAAUGCACUGCUAUCAUCAAAACAAAUAGCACAGAAACAGAAAAAAGCCGGAUCAACAAUUUCCUGUCUUGUUGGAGCCAAAUAUAAGGAAGAUGGGUUUGCGUGUAAAACUGCUAGUAGUAAACCAUUUUUUGCUGGCAUAAAGGUUUUGACACCGACAAUUACGAUGACAAGAGGUGGGAGUGCGUCUAUUCAGUUGCAAUUUACCAUCCCUUACGUUAUGGAAAGCUUGGAAGUAAAUCAUGUGUUUGGGAAUCAAUUCUGUUUGUUUGUGAGUCUUGCCACUGUUGAAGGAAAUCUAACUGCCUGCAGAGCUAAGGAUGCAAAACACUGUGACAUUGAAAUUAAAGCUUACAGGUAUAAUGAACGUGAAUAUUAUGCCACAGAUAAAUGGAAAGAAAUUCAUACAAUGAACAUUUAUAACACGGACAAUUCAGAUUUCAAAGAUGCUACUAGGGACGUAACUUUGCGUCUUCAGACUGGAGGUACCCACAGCAUAGACAAUAUAUUUGAAAACGUAACUUUGCCAGAUAUUCAGGCAAGUAAAAAAUUGGAGUUGUGA